AUGGCCUUCUCCCGCACACAGAUCAAGGCACCUUCCAUGGACUUCAUGUCCACCACGGAUGAUGGCUCCCGCACACCCUCCGAGCGCGAGAGCGACCACUCGGGCGAGCCAGGCCUGCCGAACUUGAAGCUGGUCUUUGGGCUCAUGGAGCGCGGUCUUCCAUCCCUCGAGCGCGGAUGGCGCACCCCAGACCCCUCUCCGAUCCGCACCGGCUUGCCCAAAUGUGCCGCGUACACGGAGUUCAUCGAAGAGGAGGAGCAGCAGCCCACUCCACGCUGCGAUCGCGGCCGGCAACCAGCUAAGAAGGACCGGUCCCCGAGCCCUUCUCAGCAGCCCUGGCUGCGUUUGCAGACGCCCUCCCCGGAGCCGCAGUUGCCCAUGCCUGCUCUUUCCCAAGCGUUCUUGCAGUCCUUCAUGCAGCAGUACGACACCAAGACGGAGCAACCGGAGCAACCGGAGCCACGCAGCAAGUGGGCGGAUAUGACAGACAAUGAGGAGGAAAAUGAGCAGGAGCCACCUAUGCCCGAGGAGACCGGAAUGCAGUAUCCUCUUUGCAUCUCCUAUGGCUCUCAAGGGCAUCCCUUCAGCUGCGGUCAGGCAUGCAAGUAUGCCGCCAAGGGCAAAGGGUGCAAGGAUGGCGCCAACUGCGACCACUGCCACCUCUGCAAGUGGAAGAAGACCCCCGGCACGCAGCGCGGUCGCGGCCGCGCACCCAAGCCCAACCGCCGCACAAAGGGUCAGGCUCAGUGA